UGGUCAUAAAGCGCAAUUAUUUGCCAUUUUAAACGCCUUUUAAAAUCCAACAGCAUCAUUUAGAGUUUGUAAUUUUAGUAUUUUGAACAGUAACCUUCUAUAGCUUUAACCAGUUACUUUUUUGCGCAAAAACUUUCUUCUACGUUAAGAUUUAGCCGUAAAAUCAUGAUCAAAACUCUUGUGCUUCUUUCGUUUGUCGGCCUUAGUUCCGCGAGGUGGUACAACGGGUAUCACCUCGUCGCUGACGAAGAAGUCCCGCUGCAAGAUUCGACAUCCGAUUUUGAAGUAGACGAAGAACUGGCAACUAAACUUCAAGAUGACGAGCAAUCGCUCGAUGACGACGCCUACUCGGAACCCGAAGAAGAGUGCGACUACACGCUGAUGCGAGGUGGAUUCGGCGAGCUGAAAUAUGUUACUGACGAACAGCAACACUUUUUCGACUACAAACUGUUCGGUCUGUCCUCUGUUGCGAAUGACUUGGGGCCUUUGAAAGCACUCAGCUACCGGGUACAGACAGUUGCCGGCAAAAACAUUCUUUUUAAGGCUGCAACAGAGGAGGGCCAGUUUGUUCACCUGCAGUUUUUCCUGCCCAUCGGGGGUAGGGGGGAUCCUCAGAUGACGAUGAUGCACUAUGCAACCGAAGAAGCGUGUUUAAUCCCCCUCUUCUAAAAGACUCUUUGGUUGUACUUUCUCCAUUUAUUACAAAUGAAUAACUCAGUAUAAAUAAAUAUAAUAAAUAAA